AUGGACGAAGACAGCGGCCCCAGCGCCAUCACGCCCGGCCACCCCUCGGCCCGUGGGGGCGCCGCCGUCCCGGCCCGCCUCCGCUCCGCCGUCCGGGCCUUCACCACCCGGGACGGCCUCGUCGGCGACUACGACUACGGCUUCCUCUUCCGCCCCAACCUGCCCUUGAUGCGCAAGUCCAGCCGUCGCAGCCCCUUCUUCGGCCUCAACGACAGGAUGCCCGUCGUCCUCGCCCUCCUCCUCGGCUUGCAGCACGCACUGGCCAUGCUCGCCGGCGUCAUCACGCCGCCCAUCAUUCUCAGCGGCAGUGGCGGCGCCAACCUCGAGCCUGCCCAGCAGCAGUAUCUCGUCUCGACGGCCCUCAUCGUGUCGGGCCUCCUCUCCAGCGUCCAGAUCCAUCGCAUCCGUAUCCCCAAAACACCAUACUUCAUCGGCACGGGCAUCCUUUCCGUCGUGGGCAUCUCAUUCAGCACCAUACCCAUCGCCCAAGGGGCCUUCCGCCAGAUGUACGCCAACGGCUACUGUCCCUCGGACGCCGCCGGCAACCGUUUGCCCUGUCCCAAAGGCUACGGCGCCCUCAUAGGCACCUCGUCCGUCUGCGCCCUCGUCGAGAUAUUCAUUUCCUUUCUUCCGCCUCGCAUUCUGCUCAGCAUGUUCCCCCCCAUCGUCACGGGGCCGACCGUGAUGCUGAUUGGCAUUCAUCUGAUCGAGAGCGGCUUCAAGGACUGGAUGGGCGGCAGCGGGCAGUGCUCGGACCCGUCGGCGGCUGGAAAACAGAGUAGCAUGUUUGCCAAGUGCCCAGACAUCACGGCGCCGCAUGCGCUGCCUUGGGGGUCCGCCGAGUUUCUCGGACUAGGCUUCUCCGCCUUCAUCACCAUUGUCCUGUGCGAGCGGUUUGGGUCACCCAUCAUGAAGUCGACCUCGGUUGUCAUCGGGCUGCUGAUGGGCUGCGUCAUUGCGGGCGCCUGCGGAUACUUUGACGGCUCAGGUAUCGAUUCAGCGCCCAUCGCCUCCUUUAUCUGGGUCAGGACAUUCCCGCUAUCCGUCUACGGGCCGCUGGUGCUGCCCCUCAUGGCCGUCUUUCUCAUCAGCGCAACAGAAGCCGUUGGGGACAUCACGGCCACCUGCGACGUCUCGCAGCUCGAGGUGGAGGGCCGCAACUACGAAUCUCGCGUACAGGGCGGACUGCUGACGGACGGACUCAACGGCAUCGCGGCCGCGCUCAUGACCAUGACGCCGAUGAGCCGGUUCGCGCAGAACAACGGCGUAAUUGCGCUGACGCGAUGCGCCAACCGCAAAGCCGGCCUGGCUUGCUGCUUCUUCCUCGUCGUCAUGGGCAUAUUUGCCAAGUUGGCAGCGGCGCUCGUGGCCAUUCCCAAGCCCGUCCUGGGGGGCAUGACGACGUUUCUGUUUGGCGCCGUGGCCGUGUCUGGCAUGGCCAUUAUUGUGCGUGGGGUGCCGUUUGAUCGACGCUGCCGCUUCAUCCUGACGACCGGUCUGUCGCUCGGGUACGGGGCGACACUGGUGCCCAGCUACUUUGAGCGUGUAUUCACUUAUUCAGGCGACAACCACGCGCUCGAGGGAUUCCUCAAGGCUAUUGUGCUGGUCAUGGAGACGGGGUUCGCCGUCACCGCGGCCGUCUGCAUGCUCCUCAACCUGGUGCUCGCCGCGGAGACGGACGACGACUUUGACGCCAGUGUCGUCGUCGAGCUGCGCAGCGGUGAGGACGCUGCCGGCUCCACGGAGGCCAAGGAGGGCACUCGGGACGACGAAGACUGGACCAACGCCUCGCCGCCUCGGAAGCUGUCGCGGAGUUGA